CCAUUCGAGGCUGCGGAUCUGUUGGGCUAGUUGUGUUUGCCGCUCUCUGCCGGUUAUGGCCGCGGCCGUCGCUAUGGAGACAGAUGAUGCUGGAAAUCGACUUCGGUUUCAGUUGGAGUUGGAAUUUGUGCAAUGUUUAGCCAACCCAAAUUACCUUAAUUUUCUUGCCCAAAGAGGUUACUUCAAAGACAAAGCUUUUGUUAAUUACCUUAAGUACUUGCUUUACUGGAAAGAACCAGAAUAUGCCAAGUAUCUAAAGUACCCUCAGUGUUUACACAUGCUAGAACUGCUUCAGUAUGAACACUUUCGAAAGGAGCUGGUGAACGCUCAGUGUGCGAAAUUCAUUGAUGAACAGCAGAUUCUACACUGGCAGCACUAUUCCCGCAAGCGGAUGCGUCUUCAGCAAGCACUGGCAGAGCAGCAACAACAGAAUAACACAGCAGGAAAAUGAAGAGCUGGGACAGACCAGGCUCUUAGGACAUGUAUAUAAUGUAUUGCUAUGUACAGUACCGAUAAAAGAUGGUUCUUCCUGCCCACCUUCGUUAUGGUAGCACUCAGAACCGUUAGUAUUAUUUUUGGCCACAAACUUUAUAUUGUUAAUAGAUUAUUUGUUAAACCAGAAUUGUUCUACUUUGAUUUCUCUGGGGAUUUGUAAAUUUCAGUUGCAUUUAAUAGAACCAAGUGAAUAAGAAUGUAAAUGUUGGGUGUUAUAGAGCGGUUUAAGAACAUGGGCGCAACAUACAGGGGUACUGAGAUCAGCUGCUCCAACCAUCUCAGGAGAGAGGAGACUGUAGUCAGGAAUUACAUGAAGAUUCCUUUCUACUGGAGAGGACAUACUCAGUUGCUCCCAGCUUUUUAAGAUAGAUGACCUCUAGUGGCAGGGAAAGACUGGUAGUUAAUGACUAAUUGGAUUCUUGUUCUUAAAGGUAUGAGCCUCAAAUACCUUUCUUUGAAAAAGUUAGCACUUAUCCGUUAAGUACCACAAGUAGGCACUGCCUUAAAAAGCUUCUUUUAAUCUGUUUCAAAAUAUUUUUAUCUUAUGUGUCUGUGUGAAUUGUUUGCAUGUGUGUGCACCACGAUGUGCCUGGUGCCCAAGGUGGCCAGUAGAAGAGAACAUCAGAUCCCUGGCAUGAAGUUGAAGGUGGUCGUGAAGUCACCAUGUGGUGCUAACUAUGUGGUGCUAGGAACUGAACCUGAAUCCUCUGCAAGAGCAGCAAGUACUGUUAACCACCGAGCCAUCUCUCUAGCCCUUAUUUUUUCUCUGAGUCAGGGUCUCACUUUGUAGCCCAGGCUGCCUUGGAAUCUGUGAUCCUUCUACCUCAAUCUCCAGAGUACUGGACUUAAAGAUAGCUAACUAGGCCUGGCU